AUGAACGGACCGGAGCAGACACAAUCCGCAGAGUCUGCCGGCACCAUGACCAGCAGUGCUGAUCGUAUGGUGGGCAUGGAUCAUGCUGAAGUGCGUUAUUUCACAAGCUACGAUCAUCAUGGCAUUCAUGAGGAGAUGCUUAAAGACGAUGUCCGAACCAGAUCUUACCGUGAUUCUAUCUACCAAAACCGUCAUAUUUUCAAGGACAAGGUUGUUCUCGAUGUCGGUUGUGGAACCGGUAUCCUCAGCAUGUUCGCUGCUAAGGCUGGUGCUAAACACGUAAUUGGUGUGGAUAUGUCCUCUAUCAUUGAGAAGGCCAAGGAGAUUGUCGCUUGCAACGGCCUGUCGGACAGGGUCACUCUUCUCCAAGGAAAGAUGGAGGAGGUUGUCCUCCCUUAUCCCAAGGUUGAUAUCAUCAUCUCCGAGUGGAUGGGUUACUUCCUCCUUUACGAGAGCAUGCUGGACACUGUUCUCUAUGCCCGCGACCGCUACCUUGUUCCCGGUGGCAAGAUCUUCCCCGACAAGGCUACCAUGUACUUGGCUGCUAUCGAAGAUGGCGAGUACAAGGACGACAAGAUCGGAUUCUGGGAUAAUGUGUAUGGGUUUGACUACUCCCCCAUGAAAGAGAUCGCCCUCACGGAACCUCUCGUGGAUACCGUUGAGCUGAAGGCCCUCGUCACCGACCCUUGCCCCAUCAUUACCCUUGACCUCUACACCGUCACCACAGCCGAUCUCGCUUUCAAGGUCCCCUUCUCUCUUGCCGCCAAGCGCAGCGACUUCAUCCACGCUGUGAUCGCUUGGUUCGACAUCGAGUUUGGUGCCUGCCACAAGCCCAUCACCUUCUCCACCGGCCCCCACGCCAAGUACACACACUGGAAGCAGACUGUCUUCUACCUCCGUGAUGUUCUGACCGUCGAAGAGGAUGAAGUCGUUUCGGGAGUGUUGGAGAACAAGCCCAAUGACAAGAACAAGCGUGAUCUCGACAUCACUAUCUCUUACAAGUUCGAGACUACCGAUAACCUUCGUUACUCCGAGGGUAGCUGCUCCUAUAGAAUGUAA